AGCACGGCCCCGGCUGAAAUUGCGGGAGUGGGAGGGGAGCGAGCCAGCUGGAUCCCGAGCGCGGAGCGAGCCGGCCCUCGCUCCGCCGCCGAUGACUCCGGAGCUUGGGCCCAAGCGCCGCCCAUGCAGCAUCCCUGAGCCCCGCCGAACCAGAGUUAAUGAAAAAUCAUUUAACCGUCUCCGCUGCGGGGAGCCAUGAGCUGUCUGGAUGUUAUGUACCAAGUCUAUGGUCCUCCGCAGCCUUACUUCGCAGCCGCCUACACCCCCUAUCACCAGAAGCUAGCCUAUUACUCCAAAAUGCAGGAAGCCCAGGAGUGCAAUGCCAGCCCCAGCAGCAGUGGCAGUGGCAGCUCCUCAUUUUCCAGCCAAACCCCAGCCAGCAUAAAAGAGGAGGAAGGCAGCCCAGAGAAAGAGCGCCCACCAGAGGCAGAGUACAUCAACUCCCGCUGCGUCCUCUUCACCUAUUUCCAGGGGGACAUCAGCUCCGUGGUGGAUGAACAUUUCAGUAGGGCCCUGAGCCAGCCUAGCAGCUACUCCCCCAGCUGUACCAGCAGCAAAGCACCAAGGAGCUCUGGUCCCUGGAGAGACGGCUCCUUCCCGAUGAGCCAGCGCAGCUUUCCCGCCUCCUUCUGGAACAGCGCGUACCAGGCACCCGUACCCGCACCUCUGGGCAGCCCUCUAGCUGCUGCGCACUCGGAGCUGCCUUUCGCCACCGCCGACCCCUACUCGCCGGCGGCACUGCACAGCCACCUGCACCAGGGUGCGGCCGAAGCAUGGCACCACGCGCAUCCACACCACGCACACCCCCACCACCCCUAUGCGCUGGGCGGCGCCCUUAGCGCCCAGGCCGCCGCUUACCCGCGGCCCACCGCUGUGCAUGAGGUCUACGCGCCGCAUUUCGACCCUCGCUAUGGGCCUUUGCUGAUGCCUGCCUCCUCCGGUCGCCCGGCCCGUCUCGCACCCGCCCCGGCGCCUGCGCCCGGCAGCCCACCCUGCGAGCUCUCCACAAAGGGCGAGCCGGCCGGCGGCGCAUGGACCGCGCCCGGGGGGCCCUUCGUGAGCCCCGCGGGGGACGUGACCCAGGGCCUGGGCCUCAGCGUGGACUCAGGUUUACAGCCUCAGGACAAAAGCAAGGAUCUGUACUGGUUUUAGAGCCCACCUUCUUCCCUGUAGGUCUCUGCAUAGUGCGAUUGGUGACUCAGAGCUGAAAUGGAGUGGGUUUGUAACAGCUUCUGAUCUUGGUUUGCAGCUCAUCGUUAUUCCCUCUGUGGUGCAUCCCUUCUGAGCUGAUCUGCUGACCCAGGGUUUCCCCUUCCCUUUCCUUUCUGACCAGCCAUGGAGGCUCAGCAUCUGUGCCUCUCACUUCGUGGAUGAGGACAUGGGGGAAGGUAGAGACUUCAAACUUCUCCAUGUAUUAGGAAAAUCAAAAGGCACAUUUACAGAAAUAUCAUCUAAAAUUAAUCUCUUCCAAAAGAGCAGAUCCAAAGACUAUGAAAUAUGUUCAAUGACUUUUGGCCAAAUCACCGGAAAUAUCUGUGGUGAAAUUGUUUAGUCAGGUGUUAUGAUACCAUAAGCUUUCUUGGAAUGGGAAAAAGAAAAAAGAGACCUUUUGGUGUGAAUAUUUUUUAUGCUGUUGUGAAUUAUUUCAUUAGGCAGUGUGAUCAUUACACUACUGAUGUCAACAUCCUCAGGUUUAAAAACGUUGCUUCUGCAACAAAGACUGUGGUAGAGAAGUAAAAAGAAGCCAAUUCUUCCUUCUUUGAGGCUCAGCCUUCAGCUUCUUUCCUGCUCAUCUCCUCCCCACAAUACCCACUCCAGACAGAAAGACACUUUUUCCUUUGGACUGUGAACAUGGAAACCUCAAUCUGAAUGUGAGUGGCAAGUGGCUGAUCUGGAGCCACCUGCCCAAGUCUUACUGAAAUGCAGCUGUUGUAGGACAACUGUUUAAAACUCCAGAAAUACAUCGACCAAGGUGGCACUUCCCAGUGUUUGGCAGAACAAUUGCAAUUGCACUGGAUAUAUUAUAUAUAUGUAUAUAUAUCAUCUUUUUAUAAGGAACAUUUUACAAUGAAAGAAGAACCCUGCUCUGCCUUCUCUCCCACAAAUCCUGUCCCUCCCUUUAUCCUUCAGAUGAAAGAUGCGACAAGAGACCCCAACUGUCUCCAUGGAGAGGAACAAGAAAUCACCCACCACCAGGGGAAGAAAUGUCUAUGGAGUCAACAAUAUCUCAAAUAUUUUUCAGGGGAAAGGGUCUAUGUGUGGGCAAAGCUGAAG